AAACAAGAAACCUGCUGCUGCCAAGCCGUUGCAAACAGCGAUUGGACUUGGGUACUUGGGACUCUUUCCCUUCUUCCAUGAUAGCGGAAAGACAGCAGUACAAUUCCGUCCGCCAAACAAGCCACUGUCUGGGGCCUGAAGACGGCAAAAGCUCACUCUGCCACUCGGACGGCUUGCAAAUUUUUAGCAACCCGUGGGCAUAACCUACCUCAAAAUGGCUUCUCGAGGAAGAAUCGUAAAUUUAAUGCAAACCAUUUCGGGCAAUUCGUGCCGAUGCCCUGCCCAUGCAAAUCAUGCUGCACACUACACUGCAGGACCCGCCACUCAGCUAUCCAAAGAUUAUGCCUUUGAGAUGACAUGCUCCACUGUGCGAUAUGGACCAGGUGUGACUCAGGAAGUUGGAAUGGACAUGGCAAAUAUGAAAGCAAAGAAGGUUUGUGUUAUGACUGACCCAAACAUUGCCAAGUUGCCUCCUUUGAAGGCAACUGUUGAUUCUUUGUCUCGAGCUGGUGUACAGUUUGAAGUAUUUGAUAAAGUUCGGGUUGAACCAACUGAUGGAAGCAUGAUUGAGGCAGCAAACUAUGCACGAGCUCAUAACUUUGAUGGUUUCAUUGCUGUUGGAGGUGGAUCAGUAAUUGAUACUUGUAAAGCUGCAAAUCUAUUUUCUUGUGAUCGGGAGGCAGAGUUUUUAGACUAUGUCAAUGCACCGAUUGGUAAAGCAAAGCCAGUUACGGUUCCCCUAAAACCUCUGAUUGCCAUACCUACAACAUCAGGCACUGGGAGUGAAACUACAGGUGUUAGUAUAUUUGAUUAUAAAAAAAUGAAUGUCAAAACAGGAAUUUCUCACAGAGCUUUGCGCCCAGUUCUUGGCAUUGUUGAUCCUUUGCAUACCCUUUCUUUACCUGAGAAAGUUUGUGUGUACAGCGGAUUUGAUGUUUUGUGCCAUGCCUUGGAAUCCUACACUGCUAUUCCUUACACUGAACGAAGUCCAAGGCCAGAUAAUCCAAACUUGCGUCCUGCAUACAAUGGGCAAAAUCCCAUUUCUGAUGUGUGGGCUAAAUUUGCCCUUGAUAUUAUGAGGAAGUAUUUUGAAAGGGCUGUUUAUCACUCUGAUGAUCUUGAGGCUCGCUCACACAUGCAUCUUGCGUCUACAAUGGCUGGAGUUGGAUUUGGUAAUGCUGGAGUUCAUCUUUGCCAUGGAAUGUCUUACCCAAUAUCAGGUGGUGUGAAGACCUUUCAGCCUGCUGAUUAUGAUGAUGAUCAUCCACUGAUUCCUCAUGGCCUGUCAGUUGUUAUGAGUGGACCUGCAGUCUUUAAUUUUACUGCACAAGCCUGCCCAGAAAGACAUCUUGAGGCUGCUGAGCUGUUGGGUACUGAUAUAAGCAAUGCUAAGAAAAGUGAUGCAGGUCGCAUAUUGGGAGAUACUUUGCGUCGUUACAUGGAUGUUAUGAAAGUUGAAAAUGGUUUGUCAGCCCUUGGCUAUAAGAAAGAUGAUAUUCCAAAACUAGUGAAAGGCACACUCCCUCAGUCUCGUAUAACAAAGCUAGCUCCUCGUGAGCAAUCUGAAGAGGAUCUCUUUGGCAUGUUUGAGAACUCAAUGACUGUCUACUAACAAGACAGACAGAAAAAUAAUUGCUGUGGUUUUGUUUUUAUCUAAUGAAUUUUUAUACAUAUGCUUACUUCAAUAUUGUUUUUAAGGUAGAUGUUGAGAAUGAUUGAAAAACUGAUUGUGCAUAAAUAAAUUUUAAUUUUAUUUCUAGAAAAACA